AUGACAGCUUACAUGGGAACUGAAUUCACGACGCUGCUCCGCCCCCUGGGCUGGCCUCGAGAGCAGAGGGAAGUGGCCGUAUCGGUCACUGCGGCAGCUACUGCGGUAAUAAAGUGCCAAUUGCAAUUAAACUGCGACUCGAUUGUGGAGCCGCUGACGGUGCGCCUGCUGGACGAGAACCGGCCGCUGAGCGCGGGCCGGCAGUACGAGCUGCGCUGCGAGACCGCCGGCUCGCGGCCCGCCGCCGCAGUCACCUGGUGGAAGGACGGACAGCAGCUGCCCGCAGAGAGGGAGACCACGAACGCGGACGGCAACGUGACGACCAGCGUGGCGCAAGUGACGCCGGCGCUGGAAGACGCUGGCCGUCAGCUGUGCUGCCACGCCGCCAACGCCAGAGUGCAGGGCGGCGCCGUCAGCGACUGCUGGACGCUGCACGUCCGCUACAGCCCCGUCGUGUCUCUGGAGCUGGGCAGCAACAUCAACGGCAGCGCCAUCCGCGAAGGCGUCGACGUUUACUUCGAAUGCAACGUGCGCGCCGACCCCUGGAUACACAAGGUCAUCUGGAGGCACAACGGUCGCCAACUGCACAACAACGUGAGCGCAGGCACGCUGCUGAGCAACCAGACGCUCGUGCUGCAGGCCGUGACGCGGAACAGCUCCGGCCUCUACACCUGCGUCGCCAGUAACAGCGAGGGCGACACCGAGAGCAACGCCUUCAACCUCGACGUCAAGUUCGCGCCGGAGUGCCGGCCGGGCCAGCAGCUGGUGUGGGGCGCGGCGCGGCGCGAGGUGCUGCAGGUGCCGUGCGAGGUGGAGGCGCGCCCGCCGGCCCGCCUCUUCCGCUGGGCCUUCAACAGCAGCGCCGCCGCCUCCGAGACGCGCCCGCUGGACGCCGGCGUGACGGCCGCGGCGCCGGGCCGCUCGGUGCUGCAGUACCAGCCCAUGGGCGAGCGCGACUACGGCACGCUGCUCUGCUGGGGCCGCAACGAGCUGGGCGCACAGGCCGUGCCCUGCGUCUUCCACAUCGUGCCCGCCGGGCGGCCAGACGCGCCGCACAGCUGCGAGGUGAGCGGCCGCGGUGCGACCACGCUGCGCGUGACGUGCGCGCGCGGCAGCGACGGCGGGCUGCCCCAGCAGUUCACGCUGGAGCUGGCGGACGCGGAGCGCCGGCUGGUGGCGAACGUGACGAGCCGCGGCCGGCCCGACUUCCUGCUGGAGGGCCUGCAGCCGGGCGCGCGCUACACAGCGCUCGUCUACAGCAGCAACGGCAAGGGCCGCAGCCAGGGCAGCGCCGCAGUAGAGGCCUCCACGCGCGCCGCGCCGCCGCAGCCGCCGCCGCAGCGACAGCCCUCGCACCACGCAGAUAUGGAACCAACGCCGAUGGCACCGCUGGCAGACCGCGGAGCCGUCGGUGAAACCCCAGGCAGCGGAGUGUCCGGCCGCACGGUGCUGGUGCUAUCGCUGGUGGGCGUCGGCGCGGGUCUGCUGUUGGCAGGCCUGGCGCUGGCGGCCAUCCUAAUCGGUGUGCGCAGGAGGCGGCUGCGCAGGGCGGGCGGUGGACGCGCAGGGGCCGACGGUGCUUCCCCGCGCGACAAGGCGCCGCCCUCUUCGCUGCCGUCCUCCGACGACAAUCCGGAUGUCGUCCCGCAGAAGGAAGAGGCUGUGCUGCCGGUGGCGGACCUGAAGGCGCUGCAGCAGUACGGGCUGCUGCUGCAGGAGGCUCGCCGUCCCGCCACGCUGGUGGACAGCGCGGCACAGACCACCGUCAUCUACGGCGCCUCCUCCACUUUCCCCAUGACGGAGGCAGUGGUGCUGGCGCCGUGUUGGGCAGCGGGGGCGGCGCCGCUGCCAGGGGGCGGCGCCGGGCCUCCGGAGGCGGCGCUGCCCAGCGUCACGACGCCCAAGACUCCGCGGCACGACGCCGGCACGCAGACGCCGCUGCCCUCCAGGCACAAGGAGAGCGCCGUCUAGCCCCCGACAGCACCUCUCCACCGCCACUGAGUGGAUGGGCAGCAGUAGUUGGAGGCAGUGGCGCAGUCGUGCAACGACGCAGUGCAGACUUUGCC